UCUGGCCGUUUCGCCUCUCCUCCUGCUUGGCCCGAGCCGCGCGCCGUCGAGCCUCCGUGCGUUGCCAUAGAGACCCGUGAGCCCUGAGGGGCUCGCGGCCCAGACGCCAGGCUACGGGGGAUUAAGAGCACCAUGUCUUUCCGCGAACUCCGCAAUGGCUUGCAUGGCCACAGGCGGCUGCUUGCUACCGUGUUGGAAAACGCUGAGACCGAUUCGGAGUCGGGUUAGCUGAAGAGCUCAGAAAAACGAGCAAAACCGCGGAGGGGACUGGUGAAUGACCGUCGCGGGUGUGGCAUGUUUUGAGUUUUUACGAUCUGCCAGGGAGUUCCUGUAUAUGGAUUUUACAGAGAUGAUGAGAGCCUUGGGAUACCCUCGCCACAUCUCGAUGGAAAACUUCCGCACACCAAAUUUUGGACUUGUGUCUGAAGUGCUGCUUUGGCUUGUGAAACGGUAUGAACCUCAGACCGAUAUCCCUUCUGAUGUUGAGACUGAACAAGACCGAGUUUUCUUCAUUAAAGCAAUUGCCCAGUUUCUGGCCACCAAGGCACAUAUAAAACUCAAUACCAAGAAGCUUUAUCAGGCAGAUGGGUAUGCAGUGAAAGAGCUUUUGAAGAUUACCUCUGUCCUUUAUAAUGCCAUGAAGACCAAAGGGAUGGAGGGCUCUAAGAUAGGGGAGGAGGACAUCAGCAAAUUCAAGUUUGAUCUUGGCUCGAAGGUUGCAGAUUUGAAGGCGGCCAGGCAGCUCGCUUCUGAAAUCACCUCCAGAGGAGCGUCCCUGUAUGACCUGCUGGGCAAGGAGGUAGAAUUGAGGGAAUUGAGAACAGAAGCUAUUGCCAGGCCUCUGGAAAUAAACGAGACUGAAAAAGUGAUGAGAAUUGCAAUAAAAGAUAUUUUGGCGCAGGUGCAGAAGACUAAAGAUCUGCUCAACAACGUGGCCUCUGAUGAAGCUAACCUAGAAGCCAAGAUCGAGAAGAGAAAGUUAGAACUGGAACGAAAUCGGAAGCGGCUUCAGACUCUGCAGAGUGUCAGGCCAGCGUUUAUGGAUGAAUAUGAGAAGAUUGAGGAGGAGUUGCAAAAGCAGUACGACAUUUAUCUAGAGAAAUUUCGAAAUCUGGCUUAUCUGGAACAGCAGCUCGAAGACCAUCACAGGAUGGAGCAAGAGAGGUUUGAGGAAGCCGAGAACACUCUGCGCCUGAUGCAGAACAAGCUGAAGGAGGAGGAGAAGCGCCUGCUCCGCAGUGGAAGUCAGCCAGGAGAGCCUGAAGCGGCCCUAAGUGAUAAGCCUGCGUGGAGUUUAUCCUCUCCCGAGAGGCCCAGCACAGGUAAUGAUGACUCGGACAUUGACAUCCAGGAAGAUGACGAAUCUGACAGUGAACUGGAGGAGAGGCGGCUGUCCAAGCCGCGGACGGCCAUGGAGGUGCUCAUGCAAGGAAGACCUGGCAAACGCAUCGUGGGCACAAUGCAGGGCGGAGACUCCGAUGAUGACAUGGAAGCAGCACCAGCUCUCUUAGGUAAAUGCAAGACUUCCAGCUCCAAGAAGCAGGAGGACUCCGAGGACAGUGAGAUUGACAUGGAGGGGGAUGAAGACGACGAUUUGGAAGAAGAGAGCGUUGCUCUCUCGCCAGCUAAGCCCACUCGAAGGGUCCGGAAGCCUGAGCCCCUGGAUGAGAGCGACAAUGACUUCUGACCCGUUUGCCCAAAGGACCACACUGAUUAAAUCCCUCAGAU